CAUGGAUCGGUCCAUGGUCAGGCACCUGUUGAACCUUUCACUGCAAACCCCGUUCAUAUUCAGUAUCCACAGCAUUACUCCUCCCCUGUUAUCCAAACCCAUCAUUACAGUACCCCGUCCUCCAUCUUUACACCUGGAAGAUCCUUGGGUAGCGAUUCGUAUCUCGUCGGUGAUCCUGGCCUGUCUGCAUUUACACAGCCCGAGCCCAAUUUGGGAAUUUUGCCCGUUGAUGAGGUAAAGGGGCCGGAUUCAUAAAGUUGUUAUUAAACAUUGGUUAAGAUUCAUAUUCAAUAAAAGAGACGUCAUGGAUUAAAUGUGCUUUUAACAACAAGCAUGUUUAUAAUAGAAGAGUUAUUCAGCGUCCAUGGGCAGCGAAAGUGUGAGAACUCGACGUGGUAUCCUAAUACACUCGUAGUAAUAAAGGUUUAAGCACUUAUUUUACUUGUCAUUAGUCAAGAACAGGUUAUGUGAGAUUAUCAAUAGACAAACAGGAUUAUUAUAAUAAAUGACACUAAAAAGUGGCUCCAGAGAGGUGGGAUUGAUCGGUAUGUUUUACUUUAGUAAAAGAAUCCCAUACAGUCCAGUACAGUCUCUCUUAACCCUUUAAGCCCCAGUAUCCACAUACAAAUUCUCCAUACUGAUCUCCAUACAUUUCCUUAAAGAAUCAGUUGAGAAAAUUUGAUAAAAGAUCAAAGCAUUUUAACCAGGGUGAUCUUUUUAAUAGUUCUCAUAACCUUUUCCCUUGAUUAUGCACUGAUAUUGUUAAGAGAAAAUUGAUGUUGGUCACUCUUGGGACAGCACAGGAAGACCAACACUUCUCUAUCAUUGAUCCCCCUUUUGCCGUUUUUUAGUCAUAACUAAACUCGUGCUAAGACAGACAGUUAGAGCCAAUCCCGAUGGUGGUUGUUGUCUUAGGGAGGGUUGACUGUAGACAGAAACGUCGUUGUGAACAGUAAAGUAUAUCAAACAAGUCAGCUGGCUAUUCCCCAAAUCAUCCACUCUGCUGAGUGUUCUUUACACUGCCGUGAAGUCAAAUGAUAAAUUGCUAGUAGAUCACAGGUUUAAUUUGCUUCUUGUACUGAUAUUCUAUUGUCCGCUUUUCACAAGUUAGUAAACACUUUCUUAUUACUCGAUUAUAUUAUCAGCUCUUCCUCACUGACUUGUUCUCCUCCUUCAUAUGCACAGAUUCUGGCAGAGUUGCAGUGGAACACUCGCCCCAGUACUCAGGACGUGCUGUUGCAGGAUCCUGGAGCCGUUGAAUCAGUUCCAGUCCCUCUCGAUCCUGCUGGUAAGGUUUCCAGUUACCUUUUUUUACCCAUGGUACGACUAAAACAACAUAAUUUGAUUGGUUUGUAACACUGUGACUUAAGCAGCAAUGUGAGAAUACAGGAAACUUCACAUAAUUCCUCUUUCAGUUAUGGUGUAAUCGUGACUAAUAUAGAAAACAGAAACAAACAGGUGCCGCUUUUUCAAUAAAAAGAUAAGUGCUGUUCAUCAGAUAAAUCAGUACUCAGUGGGUAGGGAUUAGGAAGCGGUUAUUUCUAAUGGUUUUUUAUUUAUCCGCUGGUUAGUUCUAUUUUUCCUGUUGAACAACUGGAGACCUCUUGCAAGGUACCUUUCUCUUUCAGUUUAUCUUUUAUAAUUUCCAAAGUGAACACUGCUUUAAUCUCUUUUAAAGUUUGUACAAUAACUUCCAAAAGUCAUCAAAGGCGAAGUUAACUUGAAUGCAACAAGUCUAAAAUCAGUAGCUUUCACUGUCACAUCAUUUUACUCGUGGGGGAUCUUAAUUAAUUUGUAUUUUUAUUUCUCUUCAUCCGGUCGUGUGUCAGUGGGUACUCCAGUUAGUACGGCACAUGAUUUCAACCACGGCCUGGCACCCUCCAUUGAAGACCCCCGUCUUCAAGGAAUGCCGGACCCUUCACUGUAUGGAUUGCAGAUCCAGAGUACAAUUGCAGGUGACCCGCACUGUUUCAGUGGAUCAACCAGUUCUACAUUUCCUCUUCUGCUAGGAAGCCCAGGAGAUCUCUCCUCGCAUGGAAUGAUGGGACAGCCUAUGCAUGGAUUACAAGCGCAGAGUACAAUUCCAGGUGUAACGCAAUCCAGUGGUUCUGGCAUAUCCAUAGUCACCCACCCACCGCCAGGAAUCCCGGGAUAUGUUUCCCUCCAUGGAAUGCAAAGUUCUCCACUAACCAGCAUGCAGAGUGGCAGUCCAGUUAAGGGUGAACACACACAAAAUACGGACAGUCUUUCCAACGAAUCUGGCACAAGUUCAUAA